GUCACUGCUCGCUCCUCUCGUGUGUUUUGCCCGGCAGGGGACCGGGUGGUUUGGAGGGAUGGCCGCGCCAACGCACAGCAAGAAGAGGGUGUGCUAUUACUACGACAGCGAUGUCGGAAACUAUUACUAUGGUCAAGGUCAUCCCAUGAAACCCCACCGGAUACGCAUGACCCACAACCUUCUGCUGAACUAUGGUCUCUACAGAAAAAUGGAGAUCUACCGGCCGCACAAGGCCACCCAGGAAGAGAUGACAAAGUUCCACAGCGAUGACUACAUCCGCUUCCUGCGGUCCAUACGACCAGACAACAUGUCCGAGUACAACAAACAAAUGCAGAGAUUUAACGUGGGCGAGGACUGCCCGGUGUUCGACGGCCUGUACGAGUUCUGCCAGCUGUCCACGGGCGGCUCGGUGGCCGGCGCCGUCAAGCUGAACCAGCAGGCGGCGGAGAUCGCCGUCAACUGGGCUGGCGGCCUGCAUCACGCCAAAAAGUCCGAGGCGUCCGGCUUCUGCUACGUGAACGACAUCGUGCUGGCCAUCCUGGAGCUGCUCAAGUACCACCAGCGGGUGUUGUACAUCGACAUCGACAUCCACCACGGCGACGGCGUGGAGGAGGCCUUCUACACCACCGACCGCGUCAUGACCGUCUCGUUCCACAAGUACGGGGAGUACUUCCCCGGCACGGGCGACCUCAGGGACAUCGGCGCCGGCCGCGGCAAGUACUACGCCGUCAACUUCCCGCUGCGCGACGGCAUCGACGACGACGUGUACGAGCAGAUCUUCGUGCCGAUCAUGUCCAAGGUGAUGGAGACGUACCAGCCGUCGGCCAUCGUGCUGCAGUGCGGCGCCGACUCGCUCUCCGGCGACCGGCUCGGCUGCUUCAACCUCACGCUCAAAGGUCACGCCAAGUGCGUGGAGUUCAUCAAGCGGUACAACCUGCCGCUGCUGCUGCUGGGCGGCGGCGGCUACACCAUCCGCAACGUGGCCCGCUGCUGGACCUACGAGACGGCCGUGGCGCUCAACGUGGAUGUGGCCAACGAGCUGCCCUACAACGACUACUUCGAGUACUUCGGACCCGACUUCAAGCUGCACAUCAGCCCGUCCAACAUGGCCAACCAGAACACGCCUGAGUACCUGGACAAGAUCAAGACCAGACUGUUUGAGAACCUGCGCAUGCUGCCCCACGCGCCAGGAGUGCAGGCCCAGAAUAUUCCUGAGGACGCCGUGAACGAGGAGGAGGACGAAGACGAGGACAAGACGCACGCGCCCGACGAGCGCGUCAGCAUCCGCGCCUCCGACAAGCGGGUACAGGGCGACAACGAGUUCUCGGACAGCGAGGACGAGGGCGAGGGCGGUCGGCGUGACGAGAGCUCGGGCAAGAAGAAGAAGUUGCGGACGGAGGGCGGCUCUCCGGAGAAGAUGGCCACCGACGAGGGCGACGUCAAGCCGGCCGAGGCCAAGGAUGCCGUCAAGCAGGAGACCAAGCAGGCGGGCGCCGGAGACACGGCCGCCGCUGCAGCCGCCCCCGAGCCCAUGUCCACAGCGUGAAGAGCCGACGGAUCGCCGAACUGGUUUUAUACGUACAGCAUUUUCCCCAUCCAUCGUGGCUGAACUGCUGGUCGCCGCGUGCCGGCACGUUGAUUGGUCGAUUGUGUGCCACGUCCGGCGCUGGUUGGUGGAGCGUGUUCCACUCCGGACGCUGGUUCGUGCAGUGUGUCACGUGUCCGACGCUGAUUGGUCGAAUGUGUCCCACUCCCGACGCUGAUUGGUUGCCGGAUGGCGGCGCGCGCGCGCGCGGAGCUGGAGAGAACUGGAGCACCCACGCGCUGCAAGCUGCAUGAGGUUGGGGUACUCUAUUUUGUAUUGUUUCACUGAUUUUCGUUCCCAAAUUGUCCGUUGGCAUUCGGUUGAAUUAGCCCGGGUAAUGCGGCGUCUCUUGUUUGUACACUGUCAUGCAUCACGAAAAGGGUAGCAUCAUUCUCAUCUUUCACCUCAUGACGCUAGAAAUUGCAUCGUCAAGGUUAUGUGAGUAGCUGAGCAGGUCGUCUGAUGUGAACAAUAAAGUGAUGUUAAAAUGUG